AUGACAAAGGGAAACGUCUUUCAGAAAAUGGAUCUAGAAUGUAGCGAAGGGGAUUGUGAACAAACUUGCAACGCUAAAACAUGCAAACUAAACUGCAGCGGGGGAAAAUGUAAAUUUCAGAAGUGCUAUGACAAAGGAGACGUCUGUGAAAUGGAUCUAGAAUGUAGCGGAGGGUGAACAAACUUGCAACGCUAAACAAAAACUUGCAACGCUAAAACAUGACAAACUCUGAACUGCGGAGGGGACAAUGCAACGCUAAACAGCAAUGCAAAAUGCAGAUAAAAGUAGAAAUGUGUAAUAUGCAUUGUAACGCAAUUGAUUGUACACAGACCUGCGACGCUGUCACAUGUCAUAUCUCUAGAACUUGGCCGACCAGCCCUCAAGGUUGGGUUUCAUGCUCUGGGAAUGGUGAAUAUUGUGGAAGUCUCAUGUCGUCUUUGGACUCAUAUCCUCUCACGCAGGGAAUCUUUUCUACCAACAAUGGCGGAGAUAAACGCUGCACAUGCACAAAAUGUUUAAGGGGCUUCUGCAGCUCUUCCGAUUCAUACAGGUCAGAUUUAAUUUCAUCUGCUCCGUCAACGGCGACUCAAGGUUUCUUAACUCAAAUUUCAACAGUGCAGCGAAAAGAUAAAUCUCAUACUUGGGGUGAGUAAACUUAGCGUAAAAAUUUGUUUUUUCACGAUUGAAUGUCAAUGAGUCUUAAAAUAGAAUAGCUCUUUCUUCAUUGUUCAUAUUCCAAAAUUCCUUGCGCUCUAUCAUUACUUUCCAAUUUUAGUUAAAUGUUUUUUUGACAUCUAGCUUUUACUUCAACAUACAGAACACUUGCAGUCAUCGUCGUCAUCACCAUUAUCAUUACUCUCACCAUCACCAUUGCCAUCCUCUUCAAUAUCGUCAUCAUCAUCAGGAGCAGAAGCAACAACAACAGCAGAAUCAGAAUCAAUAUCAACAAAAUCAUCAGCAUCUUCAUCAUUACAGGCAGCAGCAUCGUCGUCUCUGCCAUCGUCAAUUUGGACAUCUACGUUAGAAGUACUUAAGAAUUUGGUAUGUUUCCUAGGCUCUCCUUUUAUUUCUUUUGUAACAAUAAUUUUCAUAAUUUCUGCCAUUCUUUAACGCUUUUGUCUUUCUUUACCACAGGCAAAUGGUUCUGUUUCUAAACUUGGUGAGCUCUUUCUUCAUUGUUCAUAUUCAAAAUUCUUUGCGCUCUAUCAUUGCUUUUCAAUUUUAGUUCAUUGUUGUUUUGAUAUCUAGCUUUUACUUCAACAUACAGAUCACUUGCAGUCAUCGUCGUCAUCACCAUUAUCAUUACUCUCACCAUCACCAUUGCCAUCCUCUUCAAUAUCGUCAUCGUCAUCAGGAGCAGAAGCAACAACAACAGCAGAAUCAGAAUCAAUAUCAACAAAAUCAUCAGCAUCUUCAUCAUUACAGGCAGCAGCAUCGUCGUCUCCGCCAUCGUCAAUUUGGACAUCUACGUUAGAAGUACUUAAGAAUUUGGUAUGUUUCCUAGGCUCUCCUUUUAUUUCUUUUGUAACAAUAAUUUUCAUAAUUUCUGCCAUUCUUUAACGCUUUUGUCUUUCUUUACCACAGGCAAAUGGUUCUGUUUCUAAACUUGGUGAAAUAGAUAGCAGGAGAAAUAACUCUUUGAAGGUAUAAAUGCACAGUAUUUUUACUGGCAUCAAGACAAUUUAAUAUAGGAAAAUAUACCUCCUCAAAAGAUGAGUGGCUCAUUUGCUUAAAUGAUGUUCUGUUAAAACGCUCCUUUUUAAAUCAUACAAUAUCCAAUCAGUCCAAGUCUCAUGAUGUGCGCUUUUGUUUUCUCAUUGUGAUAACGACACGAUUAAAGUUACCUUUUUGGUCCUUAAAGGAGGCUAUGCGUGUAUUUGAAGACUUUAUCGAUACUUUUAUGAACAUCACGACACCCAUUAAAGACCAACUUAAUGAUGGAGGAGAAGAAACAAGAAGAGAAUCCAUCUUUAAGGUGGCAGUCGCCUUCGAGGAAUUUGCCCUUAACUAUGGUAAAUACCAUCUAAAUGGAACGAAUCCUUCUACAUCGAUCACAAGCCAAACAAUGGGUGAGUUAAUAUUAUUUUUUAUUAGUAACUGACCUACUGUCCAAUUGUCUACCUGAAUGGUCUUUCUGCCGCCUGGCCGUAGAUAUUAAGUGAUACAAGUGAAUUCUUGAAAGGCUCAUGGAAGCAGUUGAAGGCGCAUAAAAUUCGUCUGGCUUGAUGCAAUUAGGUGCACGAAGAAGGGUGAAGCACAGUUGACGAGAAGUGAUUUUCGUUUUGAUAAAAUUUUGUUUCAAUUUCCUCUUUUGAGUUUGUGAGUACGAUCUCAGUACAAUAAUAUAUUUCAAAUAAACCCGAAUGGCGUUUGAAAAAUGAUAGCAUAGAACUGUGUGUAGACCUUCAAGAAGAGGAUCUGCAUAUGCCACAAUCAUCUCCUUGAAUUCCAGUCAUCAUCUAACAUCUCCGCGUUCUUCUGACAGUUUUGGGUAUUCAAAUUGGCUACCGCCAUAAUGCAACUGACUUCUUCCUCAAGGGGGAAGAAUGGGAAGCCAGCAUUAACAUAUCCUCGGAUGAAUUUGCUGAAAAAGGUUUGCGUUAACCACAUUUUAAGCUCUAAAUCGUAGAAUUGCAUUUUUCCUCUUUAAUAUUUGCUCUAUUAUUUAGAACUCAUAUGGUUUUACGUAUCAGUGUACUAUUUGUCAAUCCUUAAACACCUCAAAACAGCUGAGAAAAUAUGUGCACCCCGAAUGAUCAAAAAACCUUUCGUUUAUUGCUCAGGUAAACCCAUAGAAAAUUGACGUUUAUAUUAUAAAAGCAAAAGACGUUAAACCGACGUGAUGACCCUAUUAGGAAGCUAGGAGAAUAGUCAAGUUUAGUCUGGACUGUUUGCUAAUCAUUCACGCCCAUCUCGUGAUAUAUAAACCUUAGUUGAACGUUCUCCCAAAAUUCAAAGUAGAUGAUUUCGCCCUUUAACAAGUAGAAUGUAGGGUCAAUUGCUUGAAUUAAUGAUAAUUAGUACGCACAACAUUUCUGUGUUUUCACUGACGUCAUAGGAAAGAAAAAAAGAACGAAAGCAUUUUAGUUGAUCUAUUUCAGUGGAGUCUUGGGUUCAAAUAGUUUAUUCAGAUUGAUAAAGGAACAAUGAUGUAGUUUAGCCAGUUGGAUUAUCAAAUGCCAAAAUAAAUGGGUCAAACAAAUUAUGGCCCAUACUGUAUUAUAACUUAAUAAGUUCAUUGGUGAAAGAAAGAGAGGGGACUUGAUCGAUCACCAUUUCGAACAUGUUUAUACUGAGACUAACCCCAUCGUUUGGCGUUAGAAGGACUUUUUUUCCACACUCUGGUUGUUUUCUUUGUAGGGUCGGUGAUUGUAGGGUGUGUGUACAAGGAUCUUCAUGUAUUACUGCUGAGAAAUCAAUCCACUGGGAAAGAAACUAACACUUCUAGGUGACGUUAAACGAUGAAAUAGUUGCGACUUGGUUCGUGCUUAGCGUGCAUGUAUUGAAUUAUAUGGCAUGCCAUAUCAAAUUUAACCAAUCAAAAUAAGGAGAAGCCUAUUAAGUGGUAUGAUAAGAACUUUAACAAUGAAAAAAGAAGGCCACGACUAAAGUCCAUUUUGAAGCUCAUUUGAAGAAAUUUUACUAACCGUUAAGUUUUCUCUAUCACACAAUAAACUCUCAAAGUCACACAAAAAAGUUAGUUUUCAUUAUCACCGUUUUACAUCGAAGAUAAAAAUGACAUAAAGUGUGCUUCUACAUCAUGCAGUUACAUGUAAUUGCAGUGUGAUGCUUUGAAAAACUUGAUGGCAUAGGAAAACAUUUUCUCUGCAGGUAUGUUAACACCAGAAUAAUGACGGCAGCGAUGAAUCCCAAACCUGAAAAAUUACGACGAGAUGCCAUCUUGAAGUUCAGAAACCUUCAGGUAACAGCAAAAAUACAGAAAGAUGAGCGCGUUCCAUCUGUGUCAUGUUGGAUCGAUUUAAUAGAAAUACGUGUAAACUAUAUUUUCAGGUCGUUAAAGAAGAACAACACUGCAUGUUUUGGAGUGGUUUCAAAAAUAGGUAAAAACAAAGUUAUUUGUUAAAUAUGCUUUGGAACUCCAUCAUUUUUGGGUUUAGUCCAAAGUUGAGUGUAGAAACUGGAGAUUACCAGUCAAACCCUCAUUUGCAAGGUCAGCGGUAAAAGACUUAUGGCUUUUGCUGUAAAAAUAUUGCCCAGCCGGCAAAAUGAAAUAUAUGUACGAAUAAUGGCAUGGAAGGUAACGACGUACUCGGUAAUCCGUGUAAUCGUCACCGUGGCCGUGGGCAGAGAUUGGAAAUCCGAACUAAGAACCAAUCAGAUUGUAGGAUUUGUUACCGUGCCCUCUGAGAAAGAAAAUCGUUAUUGUUAUUUCUUAUAUUGUAAUAUUCCUUUGUUUUUAGUCCAGAUGGGUUUUCAGAGGAAGGUUGUCAUGUGGAUCAUUCGAGGAGCAAUUCAGAAGAAACGGUUUGCAGUUGCAAUCAUUUGACUCAUUUCGCUGUCUUAGUUGACUUCAGCGGUAGCACUAAGGUAGCUUUAUUAAUAUUAUUAUUAUUAUUAUUAUCAUUAUCAUUGUUUUUUACUUUGUUUCCAAACUAAUAAUGGGUCCGUAUGGUUAAUUUAAGUAUUGCCUCCUCUUGCUUUGUUUUUGACGCAGCUUUCCGAGAACGACGUAGCUAUCCUGGAGAUCAUCACGUAUGUGGGGCUAAGCCUUUCCAUCAUCGGAAUACUUUCGACAAUAACUUUAUAUUCUUUCCUUACGUAAGUACUGUAAUCAAAUUAUCAGGAAGAACAUCCUUAAAUACCUUGGAAGAUGUAGUAAAUAAAUAAAGCCAGUGUAAUGUUCAUACCCCCUCUCCUCCCCUCCAAAAAAAAAGAAAAAAUAAUAAAGGGAAUGCCUUGGUGCUAGUUAGAAACUUAAUCCGUACCCAAUGUUUUGGACAUCACUCUUUAUCAGUGAUUGUCCAAGUUCAUCUGCCUGACUGCUCUCUCUUGCUUUCACUCAUUUCUUUUUUUUUUUGCUUUUGUUUUUUUGUUUGGUUUUUUGUGUGUGUGUGUGUGUUGUUGUUGCUGCUCUAAUAUCUUGAUUUUAACAGAGAUGUUCGUCAGCCUCUGUCUCAAAUACGCGUCAGUCUUGCUGUGGCUUUAGGAGCUGGACAAAUAUUUUUUCUCUCUGGAAUAAACGCCACAGAGAACAAGGUGGGAGGUUUUUUCCAUUAUUUCAAUUAAAUUAAAUAUAUUAUGAUCAAAAAAAACAUUGAAAUGACAAAAUAUUUUUUUUUCUUUACGUCUCUGUGCAGGCUGUGUGUGUCAUAGUAGCAGUUACUAUGCAGUAUCUCCUGAUGGCCGCUUUCUGUUGGAUGCUGGUCGAGGGAAUUUAUCUCUAUCUGUUUGUUGUAAAGGUUUAUAACAUUAACACCAAGAUGCACAUGUAUCACGUCAUGUCAUGGGGUAUUUUGAUUAUACAGUUGAACUAACGAUAUGCUGCUUUUAAUGGUUUUUAACUAAUUUAAUUUUUAUCUUAUUGAGUCGCCUUGAUUGGUUUAUAAUUUCGUGAUAGGUUUCCCCUUAGUUAUGGUGGCCAUUUCACUGUGCAUCGCUGCCGGAAAAGAAGGAAUACAGAGUUACACCAGCGACAAAUUGUACGAGGCGUGUGUUUUUUUCUUUUUUUCUCCUCUAUUUCUUCCCUUAAAUUGUUAAUUUUUUUCUUGAAGUUUUGAUGUUUCUUUUAAUUUGCUUUGACAGUUUUAUUAACUUUACCUCAAAGUCAUUCUCAUAACAUUUAUCCUUUCGGGACAGCUUUCUGUUUUUCGCUUGCAGAUAUGAAAUUUGAAAAUGUGAAAUGCAGAUAUGAAAUUUAUCUCCUCGUCUUCAAUUCGACAUCUCAAUCGUUCGCUGGGCCCAGUCGUGAGCUAUAGAGUCAAACGCUCGAAGAGAAAUUCCAUAUCUACGCGCGCCCGCGUAUUGUUUGCUUUGUAAUUUCUUACGAAUUACGUUGACUGCAGAUCUUAUGCUGCCAAUUUUUUUUAUUGUUUUGUUAUCUUUCCCCUUUUAAGUUGUUGGAUAUCCUCAGCAAACAAUUUGAUAUGGAUAUUUGUCACAUUUGUGAUUGCAAUUGAAGUGGUAAGUUUCUGAUUCGGCUUAUUCAAAUUGGUGAUUCUGAUAUAAGACUUGAAAUGUGUAAUAGCCUUAAUACAAGCUUUUAAUUUACCUACUCCUUUAUCAGAUCAACAUUUUGAUACUCACACGAGUCAUAAGGGAGAUCACUAGAAUGCAGCCAACAGGAGACCAGCAAAGUCAGCAGUUACGGUGAGAAAGGGCUCUUAAUUAAAUUUAAAAAAAGAGAGGGAAAAAAGUUUCCAGUUCCUGCAAGAGAUUGGGUGAAAUCUUUAAGAAUCCUUACAAUCGAAUACGUCUUACUUCCUCAGGAGCUUGUUGUUAUUAAUUAGGGAAAAGAAAUUCUGGGUACCGUAAAUGUUUGUGAGGGUGAUGUGCAAUCAAUUGAUCAACAAGUUUUCGUCCUUCAGAGUUGGCAUUAGAGCAUGCAUGGUGAUGAUUCCCCUGUUGGGUAUCACGUGGUUGUUUGGUCUUCUGUCGCCACUACACAAAGCUUUUUCCUACAUUUUUACUAUCCUCAACUCUACUCAGGUGAGUAUCAAAUAUUACCAUUUUAUAGUUUCAUACAUGAGAUUAUCCACAUUGAGUGUCGAGAUUACUUUAUAAUUAUAAAUCGUAGGGUGUUGAUGGGAUAUUUGUAAAUGUAACACACAGACAAAAGAGGAUAAAAAUUAAAAGAAAAGGAAGAAAGCGAUGCCACUGUCUAUGAGAUUCUUACAAGUCAAGAAAUAAUUUGAUUCUCUUUGUUGUUCUUUGGGACUUUAAGAAAAUAAACUUCAACAUAGGUACCCCAAGUCGCAAUCACAAAACGAAACUGGCCUGAAAAACAUUCUUUUUUUCUGUUAAAGGGUUUCCUGAUUUUCGUUCUUCACUGUGUGCGAAACAGUCAGGUAAGUUUAAUUAUACAUAUGGUGUAUAUAAUGAGGUUUUAAACUUGAAUAUACCGUGAGAGUGGUUCAUUUUCUUACUUUCCAUGUCUAUCGGUGCCUUUAUUUGUUCACUUUGCUUGUCUAUCUGCAGAUUAGAGAGCGAUUCAAAAGGAAGGUGAACACUGUUUUCCCAUCUACAAACAAUGGAAACUCCGCAAAGAGGAGCUCACAGGUUAAUCCAAGUGAUGUUGGUGAUACGUGGGUAGCUGAAUUGCAGUCUUUCAAUGAGUUUGAGGAGGAAAAACACUCAGCUUGA